UUUCUGCUUUCUGCUGUGGGAAGAGGUGGCUGACUGAACUUGCGUGGCUGGUUAACCUCCAUUCUGGCUGAUCAUGGGAGAGAUUAAAAUCUCUCCUGAUUAUAACUGGUUUAGAAGUACAGUUCCCCUUAAAAAGAUUAUUGUUGAUGACGAUGACAGUAAGAUAUGGUCACUCUAUGAUGCCGGCCCCAGGAGUAUCAGGUGUCCUCUCAUAUUUCUUCCUCCUGUCAGCGGAACUGCAGAUGUAUUUUUCCAGCAAAUUUUGGCAUUGACUGGAUGGGGUUACCGGGUGAUAGCUCUGCAGUAUCCAGUUUAUUGGGAUCACCUUGAAUUCUGUGAUGGGUUCAGAAAACUUUUAGACCAUUUACAAUUGGAUAAAGUCCAUCUAUUCGGGGCUUCUUUGGGAGGCUUUCUGGCUCAGAAAUUUGCCGAGUACACUCACAAAUCUCCUAGAGUCCAUUCCCUCAUUCUCUGCAAUGCCUUCAGCGACACCUCCAUCUUCAACCAGACAUGGACUGCAAACAGCUUUUGGCUGAUGCCCUCCUUUAUGCUCAAAAAAAUAGUUCUCGGAAACUUUUCGUCUGGCCCGGUGGACCCCGUGAUGGCCGAUGCCAUUGACUUCAUGGUAGACAGGCUGGAAAGUUUGGGGCAGAGCGAACUGGCUUCAAGACUCACCCUGAAUUGUCAGAACUCUUAUGUGGAACCUCAUAAAAUUCGGGACAUUCCAGUAACCAUCAUGGAUGUGUUUGACCAGAGCGCACUGUCAACCGAAGCCAAGGAAGAAAUGUACAAACUGUACCCCAAUGCCCGGCGAGCUCACCUCAAAACGGGAGGCAACUUCCCUUACCUGUGCAGAAGCGCAGAGGUGAAUCUCUAUGUACAGAUCCAUUUGCUGCAGUUCCACGGAACCAAAUACGCCGCCAUCGAUCCAUCCAUGGUCAGCGCCGAGGAGCUUGAGGUACAGAAAGUCAACCUGAGCACAAGCCAGGAGGAGCAGUAGCUGUGGGCCUCACGGUUAGUGACGCACGCCGUGCGUGACGUGCGCUCGGCUUCCCUGAUCAGUACCUCCAACCAGCCUCUUCGGGAGGUGCCAGCCCCACUGCGUUUCGGAAGGAGGACUGAUUGUCACCUUGGCAACAGGUGCAGCUCUUCUGAGCCAGUGCGACUGUCCCCUCUUCAGUUUUUUUUUUUUUUAGCUUUUAAAAUUUGAGAAAAGUACUUUUUGAAGACUGUCACUUUAAAAAUCAUGAAAAUUUUGCUACAAAAGUCUUCGCUACUGUUCCUAGGUGAAUUAAUUUCGGGAGGUUAGGGUUCCUUCUCUUAUCUUUCUUGUCUUUUGUGUUGGGUGCAGCAAGGCCACACAGCACUCGGGCUGAGGCCACCACCCACCCACCCAUUUCCCAUGAAGCACACUGUUCUCAGUGCUAGCCCUUGUCUAAGACAGUACAGUAUUUGGAAUUAAAAAGUCAAUUUCA